CGAACGUUCCAGUGCUAGCCAGUCAAUCUCUCUGUGUUCCUUGCGUUGAGGCGUAGCUUCUGGUCCUCAGUUUGAGAUCAGAGGAGAAUUCAGGGAGACGUACAUAGCAAAUCGUUUGUCUGACGGACUUCUGUCCCAGACUCAAAGAAACCCCGAAACUGUUCUGUGUGAAGCAUAUUACGGUAUGCCUUUUACUGAUGAACACUUACUUGUACCUCCCUUAGCCCACUACCGUAGGUUCCGAGUCUAAUGCAAUUGCUUGUGGUCGUAGUGCAUCCUUCUGUGAUUCGGGACUUCAGGAGACGGCACCUUGCAGCGAAGAAGAGCGACCUGGCAGCGAUUGAGCCCUUCUGUUUGCAGCCCGAUCUCCUUCCACGAUGGCAACCUACGCAGUAGUGUAUUUGGAUUUCGAGACGACAGGUCUCUCGUUGUACCAUGCUGAAGUAAUUCAGAUCGGGGCAACAGGCUUGAACCGAAAGUUCAGCAAGUUCAUCAUGCCCCAGGGCCCCAUCGAGUCGGGUGCCUCGGCGAAGAAUGGUUUGACGACCUACGGCGGCCGCCUGUACAAAGGGAACUCACCGUGUUCACUGUUUCCAUGGAGCAGGCAUACUCCGAGUUUAUCACAUUCUUGAGGGGCUUCGUGCACCGCGUGGUACUCGUCGCCCACAACGGGUCCAAUUUCGACUUCCCGCUGCUCGUGCGUGACAUGGAACAACUGGGACUGCUGGCGCCGCUGCGGGCGGUGGUGGCUGGUACUGUGGACUCCAUCCCAGUGUUCCGCUCCAAGCUGCCGCACUGGGGCCAAUAUGAGUUCGGACUGGCCAACUUGGCCAACAACUUGAACGUGUCCGGCCAUGGCGCUCACGACGCGCUGAGGGAUGCAGAAAUCCUGGAGAGCUUGUGCGUAAAGCUACACGUCACAAUCAAUGACUUGUGGUGCCACCUGCAUACCCUGUAAUCAACUUCUGAACCUGCCCGAAAAUCCGAAGUCAAGAUCAGGAUCGAUUACGGAAUGUGAAAGUAAGGAUAAAAGAUAUCAGGUUUUGCUGAGUCAUGUCGUCCCGAUCUUACUUUACUUACCAUACCAUUUAUAAUGAUCCUAAUGUUAACAUGGCACCGAUCGUAGAUGGUUUGUAACCAUUAUGUCACCAUGACUCCCUCUCACGUUCUGAUUUACUUCUUAAGAUUUUCGUUGUUCAGUUUUUCUAUUAAGGCAUGUUCCUGCCAUCUGUGGACCUUGGAUGUCCUAUGGCCAUUCUUUCUUUUUUUCUUGAAUGUUGCCCUCCUACUUUCGUUCUAAUGUACUUCUUAAGAUUUGUUUUGUUAUCCUGUUGAUGUUUGAAGAUAUGUUCCUGAUAUCUGUGGAAUAGCAGUUUAGUUUGUUUGAAGGCUUUAAAGGCUUAUAUGUCAUUCUGAUUUGCAACCUGUCGUAUUGAUACACUUCCGUGGAAACCCACUCGGGUUCUGCUUUGUUAAGUUCCUCCUUCAAUAAUCUUUUCUAUAAUUUGUCUAAAUGUUCUAACUGUUAAAGAAUAUCCAGGACUGUUAAUUUUGUUCACGACGCUUCAUGUUAACUCCUAUAUCUGUAUAGGGUAUCCAAAUGUAGAUUGGUAGAAAGACACGACACCGUGAAUGAAGGGCUGGUUUGUCCCACGGCAGUUUCAAGCUCAAUGCUCCACCUCUCUGGUUGCUCGCUGACAUUUGUAUAAGUUCUUUCCAUUUCAUCUUUUUUGCAAUUUGUUUAGAUUUGCAUGUUUUUUUUUUACGUUUUCCUUUUGGCUGCGUGCCAUCCUUCCCUAUAUUUUUGACAAUAUCAGGUUGCAAGAAAUUGGAAUAGUUUCUCCUGUUGCGUAGUGUUAAGUGACUCUUUGCAUGAAUAAUAGUUGACGUUGCUGUACCUUCACUAAAAGCAGUGUUAGUGAACCUUGCAGCCAGAUCAUCGAACUUGUAUCUUUCAAUUUGUUUUUCUUUAUCUUUGUAUUUUAGUUAUUUCAUGUGCUGAGAAUAAUAAAAAAAGAAAAACUGAC